GGCCUACAUCCAGAGCUGCAGCGCGAGCAACGAUGGCAGGAAUAUAACGACAUUUCAUUUAAUACAUAUGAUCAGGAAAUCUGCAAAAAAUGGAGAGAGGACAUUUUGGCUACUCCCAAGACUAUCUUGACCGCUUUAUCCAAAGCCAAGACUCGUCUGUUGUGAACAAGUUCCAGCAGAAGUACUGGAAGACAAAACAGACGCUCAUCAAGGUCACCGGGAAGAAAGAGGACGAACAUGUGGUUGCGUCAGAUGCAGAACUGGACGGCAAGCUGGAGGUUUUUCACUCCGUCCAGAGAACAUGCAUGGAGCUGCUAAAGGUCAUUGAGCAGUACCAGAGGAGGAUAUGCUUCCUUUCCCAAGAGGAGAACGAGCUGGGACGCUUCCUGCGCUCCCAGGGCUCGCAGGAUAAAACCAGAGCUGGAAAGAUCAUGCAGGCCACGGGGAAGGCUCUCUGCUUCUCUUCCCAACAGAGAUUGGCCUUGAGAAACCCUCUGUGCCGCUUGUACCAGGAGGUGGAAACGUUUCGCUAUCGAGCGAUCUCAGACACGUGGCUGACGGUGAACCGGAUGGAGCAGUCCAGGACUGAAUACCGCGGAGCGCUGCUUUGGAUGAAGGACGUUUCACAGGAGCUGGAUCCGGAUACUAGUAAACAGAUGGAGAAAUUUCGCAAGGUUCAGGCCCAGGUGCGCACUACAAAAACAAGCUUUGACAAAUUGAAGACCGAUGUCUGCCAGAAAGUGGACCUGCUGGGAGCCAGUCGCUGCAACCUCCUCUCUCACGUCUUAACCACAUAUCAGACAACACUUUUGCACUUCUGGGAGAAGACAUCCCACACUAUGGCAGCCAUUCAUGAAAGCUUCAAGGGCUGUCAGCAUUAUGAGUUCUCCACUCUUAAGACCUUACAAGGCCCCAUGGACAAGAUCGCUAAGAAAAAAGGGAAGAAGAGAAUUAAAGCAGUGGCUGAAGAUGGAAAGAAAGCAGAGCCCACAGACGACCAACUCAUCUCAUUAGAGAAUGAAAACGGCGAUAAGACCAGAGAAGGGCAUGGAGAUAGUCUCUCUGCCUACUUAGAGUUCGAGGGAGAGGAGAAGGACAGCAUGGCGUUGCUGAAUGAGAUCCUGGGCAGUACGUCUGUGGACGAGGGCGACUUCUCCAGAGAGUGGACCGAAGUGUUUGGAGACAUGGAGGAGGGAUCGAGCGCAGCAUCAGGCACAGCAGCCGAGGCUCAGCAGAAGGAAAACUCCUUCUUUCUACCCUCUCAUUUAUUGGACCAGAGCUUGAAUAAUCUGCAGUCUUCCCUCUCAGAUCGGGCUGGGAUCAUUCCACAGCCCGUCGCCCAGGCAACGCAGCACUCAUCUGGAGCCAAUCAGGACCCUUCUAAGGCAGCAGUGAAAGACAAAGCGGGGACGUCAGCAGACCUCUCAGCGUGGUUCAACCUGUUCGCCGACUUGGACCCGCUCUCAAAUCCAGAUGCUGUUGGCAAAACUGACCUAGAGCACGAACUUCACAACGCGUAGUUAUACGACCAAAACAUGGUGAUCUGAAAUGGGUUCCUUUGUUGGUUGGUACAGCAGAAUAUCACUUUCACACAUCCAGUGAAAAAUCAGCCGAAACACACACACACAAAAUGGUCUUCUCUUGAGGCAUCAAGUAGACAUUCUGCCAAUCAUGAAGUCAAUUAAUCAAUAAACAGAUAACUCACCUCAAUCUCAUACCCAAAUAUUUGUGGCGAUUUACGAAAUAUUGAAGCAAACUUAAUAUAUUUUUGGACAGUUGGCUAGAACACAAUAUAACAAUCAGUGGAAUAGGUAUUUUCACUAAAUCAAAAAAGUUAAAUCUUAUAAUUAAAAAUAAAUCACUACCUUUUUGUUAAACCACAUACAAAUACAAUAUAAAAACAAACCGUUAGACAAAGAGGCAGGUACAAGCUUUCACAAAAUGCCAUAUCAUUACAGUAUCUUAUAACGACAUGUAUUUUGUUAUAACAGGAGAAAUGUCAUAACAGGUAAUUGAUCAGAUUGUAUCUCUUGGUGGCUGUAUUGCACUUCUGCAAAGUGUUCAACUAACGACUAGCAGCUGGAGUUCUUCCCAUUGUGAAGAAAAGAAAGAUUGACAAGCUGACCUUUUAGGACGUUUGCCUCUUCCGCUUUGGUUAAAAAUAAAGGGUUAUCAUCGAUACCUCAGUAUGAGAUCUGAAACAAGAAGCCUUCUACAUUUGCUGCCUUGACAUCUGUAGUCUCUAGUAUCAUGCUCCACAUGUCCAGGUGUUAACGAAAUGUUGCAACAUCGUGAGAAAAGUUAGUGCAGUCAGGAAGAAAUAUUCAAAUGUAAACUGAUACAUCAUUUAUUCUGCCAGCGAUCGUCCUCGACUGAGAAUUAUUAUUUUGAAAUGUGUUUGCUACAUGCUGUCUUUGUUAAGCUCUGUUGAAGAUAUUGCAGAAUAUAUAAACAUAUCAUUCAUGUUUUACUGCAUGUUGCAUGUUUUAUGUUAUUCAGUAAGUGUCAUUGAAUGGAUAAUGUGUGUAUUAUUGUGAGACUUUUCAUCUAUUUAUUUAACUCACUUGCUUAGCUCCCAUUGAAAAAAAGAGGCAAUUUUUAGUGGAUAAUUUUCAGACGCAAAGUAGACAGAAAGUUGGAUAAUCAUGAAAAUACAAUCAAGUUGUUCCGAUUCACAUUACAAUGCUGCAUACAUUAUAUGUCAGGUUAAGAGUCUUAAUCUGAUAACAAAUAAACAAUAUAGAACCUCAUCAUUAUUAUAAUUGGAUUCCUUAGGUAUAUUGAUAUUUAUUUUGGUGCAACUAUGAUGUUAUAAGCCAUGUGACGUGUUUUAAUAUUGAACAUAAACCAAAUACAUUGAUUGCCUUACCUUGACUCCUACUUGUACUUAAAUGCCAUGCUUCGAAAUACUGAUUCUAAUUGUUGAUGUGUCUGUCUUUGAUAAGGCCUUUAAAAAGAUGACAUACCAAUGCAAA